UUUCCUCACCGGAUUUAUGUCAGUGCGGUUGCUCGUUGAAAAGUGACAAAUCUAGUGUCGUUAUCGAAUUCCAAAUAUUAUUUUUUAAGGACGUGCGACUGCCGGUGGGAACUUGUUGAUUGUAAGAUCGCGUGCUGAAGAUUUGAUGGCGGCGGCUGUUGUCAGCAGCAUUAGCCUCAUGAACAAAAUGUUUAGGACCUCUUUCCAUGCUGCUCGUGCGGCGGCGGCACUGAAAACGUCGAGGCUGCCGCACCAAAGAGCCUUUAGAGUCAAUGCAGCACACAGACAGCAGCCAUUUGACUCCACGCUGGAGAAACCACAGUUUCCUGGCGCUUCUGCAGAGUUUGUGGACCAGCUAGAGUUCAUCGAACCUAACGUCAUCUCUGGUAUCCCGGUGUACCGGGUCAUGGACCGCCAGGGCAACAUCAUCAAUCCGUCCCAAGACCCUCAGCUCUCCAAAGAAACGGUUCUGAACUUUUACCAGAAGAUGACGCUGCUGAAUACGAUGGAUCGUAUUCUCUAUGAAUCCCAGAGACAGGGGAGGAUUUCUUUCUACAUGACCAACUACGGCGAAGAGGGCACGCACAUCGGAAGCGCUGCAGCUCUUGAUGCAAAGGACUUGGUCUUUGGACAAUACAGAGAAGCUGGUGUGUUGAUGUAUCGCGGAUUCCUUCUGGAACACUUCAUGGCUCAAUGCUACGCUAACGCCGACGACUUGGGCAAAGGCCGUCAGAUGCCCGUCCACUACGGCUCACGAGACCUCAACUUUGUCACCAUUUCGUCGCCGCUAGCCACACAGAUUCCGCAAGCCGUGGGAGCCGCGUACGCUAUUAAACGGGAGAAUAUCGACAGAGCGGUGAUCUGCUACUUCGGCGAAGGGGCGGCUAGCGAAGGCGACGCCCACGCCGGCUUCAACUUCUCGGCCACCCUGGAGUGUCCGAUAAUUUUCUUCUGCCGCAACAAUGGAUACGCCAUCUCCACCCCCACCAAUGAGCAAUACAGAGGCGACGGCAUCGCUGCUCGCGGUCCAGGCUACGGCAUGCUGUCCAUCCGCGUGGACGGGAAUGACGUCUUCGCCGUGUACAACGCCACAAAGGAAGCACGGCGCCGGGCUGUCGCAGAAAAUCAGCCGUUUCUUAUUGAAGCCAUGACAUACAGAAUCGGCCACCACAGCACCAGCGACGACAGCUCUGCGUACCGUUCAGUGGACGAGGUCAACUACUGGGACAAGCAGGACCACCCCAUUUCGCGUCUACGACACUACAUGGCGUCGCGGGGUUGGUGGAGCGAGGAUGACGAGCGCGCCUGGCGCAAGCAGUCGCGCAAGACCGUCAUGGAGGUGUUCGAGCGGGCCGAGAAGCGCCUCAAACCCAACCCGGAGCUGCUCUUCACAGACGUCUACGAGGAGAUGACGCCGGCGCUCGGAAAGCAGCGCGAGGCGCUGCGCAGACACGUGCAGCAGUACAAGGAGCACUACCCUGUUGACCUUUAUGACAAAGACUCUCACUAAAUCAUUAAGACUGACCGGAGGUUCUCAAACAACAAAUGAUCAUGUGUCAGGGCCACUUGACUAAAUCUGUCAAAUAUUCAUAAAAAUGACCAAUUCGCUUGUUAAAAGUUAUUAAAAUGUUCAAAUAUGACUGUCUACAAUAUGGGGAACUUAAACCAACGACUUCUCCCUAUCAUCGCGUUGAGCUAGUUAAAUGCUCUGGAGUAAGGCUGUAUCGUUACAUAAGUGACACUAUUUCGUUAUUGUUUGACCAAUAUUUUGAAGUGCAAUUUUGUUCCCAAAAAAAUGUUAAUUAAAGGAAAAGAUAAGGUUACCUUUGAUCAAGCUAGUUCGUGACUUUUAAAAACAGGCAACUUUUUCCUCAGAUUUUUUUUUUUGGGGGGGGAGGGGAAAUUACUUUUUACCACACCAAAAUGCAUUAAUACCUUCAAUUUCUGCAACUCUUGCCCUUAAAAAUAGUAAACAAAGUCAUACUAUGAAUGAGACAACUUACUGUUACAAUAAUCCCCCCCCAAGUCUUUGUUGCAGAAUAAAAUUUUUAUAACUUCAAAAAGUGUGACGUGACUAUUAAACGGGCAAUGCUAAUGCUGCGUCUGUCCUUGCGACAAAUCAUUCUCAAAAAUUACUUCAAAGAAUAUUUUGAGGAAGUACCGUAUUGGCCCGAAUAUAAGACGGCCCUGAUUAUAAGACAACCCUCUCUUUUUCAAGACUCAAGUUUGGGGAAAAAAAGACUUAAAUUAAUUUCUAUACAGAAAAUAAUUACAGUGCAUCCAAAACAAAUGAUUAUAACAAUAUAUGAGGAAAAAAAGCAUGUUAUUUUGCCUCAUUCAAAUCUUAAUAUCUGAACAUUUAGAUAUGUAAACUAAAGUGCAAUCACAUUCAUAAAUGAAUGGCUUCUGGUUUUUGAAAUGUAAAUAAACCAAUCUAUUGUGAUAAAACAACAAAAUUGCAAUAAUUGCAUUAACCAUCAAAGUGAAGUCUAACUAGUCUUGAAACAUCUGAAUGAGGAAAAACAUUGCUGGUUAACUGGUUAAACUUGAGAGUAGCUGAGAUCUGUCAUGACAGAACAUCGCUUCAAUGAUAUCUGGCGCCAUCUAGCGUCGUGAAUGGGUAUAAUGUCUAGACCGCGAAUAUUAGACGAUCCCUGCUUUUUCAGUCUUAUAUCGAUGCAAAAAAACAUCAUAUAUUCGGGCCAAUACGGUAUUUUAAACAAAUUUUACCUUAAACGAUUAACAUCAGUACUUUGUUUUUACAACCUUCUCCCUGAAAAACGGGCCACAAGUCAAUGUUUUAGGUUGCUAUUGUGCUUUUUUUCUUUGAUGUGAAGAUUUUCACUUAUUCAGGUCACAAAAAGCCGCGGAUGUUUAUUCAACAGGACAACGAUGCUAAUAGGAUAACAGCAUGACUUAUUACAUGGUUAAGACAUUUGAGGACCCCCGGUUAAUUACUGAUGCACAAAAAUGUAGUUUGGUUGAAGAUUGUGUUGUCAUAGAUGUUUUCUGCUCAGUGCCUUACGGUUAGCACAAGUCUGUCCCUAAUCUUUAUCACUAAUGGUAACAAGAAUGCGAGGGGAUGCGGUAUGAAUGAGGAAGUUGACUUGCCAUUGUGCGGUUCCUUAUGGGGUUUUUGUUCCGGUUUUCAGUUGGUUGACAUUGUUACUAAAAUCAUCGAUGGCACAGAUACACUAUGCUAAUAGUUCCUUUUAUGUUUUGUGGAAAAAUAAAAGACGCAACUAGAAACUUAA